AUGACCCUUUGGCCGUUCCAGCAUGUGGUGUGCCAUUCUAUUGCUUAUGACAGACUUUUCGUUGCACCCAGAUGCUCCACGGCUUACUGCUUAUGGGUCCUCGCUGUUAUCGCUUUGGUGGUUGUGCCUUUAUUCGCAACAUUCGCAGCCGACAACGUAUGGGUUAAGGAAAGCUUCUACAGGGUUCAGCCUGUGGUGACCUUCGCGAACGAGCUCUAUGUCUUGAUUGGUGGCGACACCACAGAAACUAUGGUCGGAUGGAGUACCCAGCCGCAGCUCCAAGUAUUGCUCCCGAAGCAGGUGAAAGUGCCAACCGUGCGUUCAAGCACAGAGGAUACCAACCGUGACGGCAUUGCCGACACUUUGCAGCUGUCGCUGGAUUUUCCAUCAGAAGGGAAAACCUACCGCAGCGUCCUCCUGUUGGCGGUCUAUGACGUGCAGAUUCAGGGCAAGGUGGCAGAGCAGCUCAGCAGCCUCGUGGCGCUGGACAUCUCCAGUCCGUACGGAUCCUCGGGGCUCUGGGUUCAUGGCCAGCUUUCAUUCAGGCAGAAGCUGCCUUUAUACCAGAGCCCUGAGGCGCGCCAGGUGUAUGCGGGCAGCCCGCUGGACGUGAACUGGAGGUCCAAUUGGAUUCCGGACAAGCAGCCGUUGUCGCUGGAAGAGCUUCUGUCCCGCUAUGCACAGAGUUCCGUGUUUAUCCCGAUGCUGCCAUGA